CCUAAAGCGCUGUGGUAGGAAGGCAGAGUUGCCACCUCCCUUUCAAAGCUACUGUCUGAGAGAGGGGGUGGGGACUGUGUCAAACCAGCACCACGCUGCAUGCCAGUCUCACACACGGCUUCUCCGUCAUGUUCCCUGGGAAAUUUCCCCAAGAUUAGAAAAAGAACGGCAACGUGGGUCUUCCUGGGAAGGCGAGUUUCUACCAUUGCAGCACAAAGGACGGAGCAGCGCGCUUUCACAUCCUCGCAACUCCACGCACUCUCCCAGCUCUUUACUUCAGCACCACGGAGAGAGGCACCUCCUCGGCUACCACCCAUGGGGAGCCAGAUUCCAGAGGCUCAACACCGGAUUCCAGUCAUCUAGAGCCUGCGUAUUUCGCCCUCAAUGCUGGGGAACAGCACCUUCAAAAACAUGCAGCGCAGACACACGACACUGCGGGAGAAGGGCCGCCGCCAGGCCAUUCGGGGGCCUGCCUACAUGUUCAAUGAGAAGGGCACAAGCCUGACACCUGAGGAAGAGAGAUUCCUGGACUCCGCGGAGUAUGGCAACAUCCCAGUGGUCAGGAAAAUGCUGGAAGAGUCCAAGACCCUCAACUUCAACUGCGUGGACUACAUGGGGCAGAACGCGCUGCAGCUGGCUGUGGGCAACGAGCACCUGGAGGUCACCGAGCUGCUGCUGAAGAAGGAGAACCUGGCGCGGGUGGGGGACGCGCUGCUGCUGGCCAUCAGCAAGGGCUACGUGCGCAUCGUGGAGGCCAUCCUCAAUCACCCGGCCUUUGCCCAGGGCCAGCGCCUGACGCUUAGUCCGCUGGAGCAGGAGCUGCGUGACGACGACUUCUAUGCCUACGAUGAGGACGGCACCCGCUUCUCCCAUGACAUCACACCCAUCAUCCUGGCGGCGCACUGCCAGGAGUACGAGAUCGUGCACAUCCUCCUGCUCAAGGGCGCCCGCAUCGAGCGUCCCCACGAUUACUUCUGCAAGUGCAAUGAGUGCACGGAGAAGCAGCGGAAGGACUCUUUCAGCCACUCCCGCUCCCGCAUGAACGCCUACAAGGGACUGGCAAGCGCCGCCUACCUAUCCCUGUCCAGCGAAGACCCCGUCCUCACGGCACUGGAACUAAGCAACGAGCUAGCCAGACUCGCCAACAUUGAAACUGAAUUCAAGAAUGAUUACAGGAAGUUGUCUAUGCAAUGCAAGGACUUCGUGGUGGGCGUGCUGGACCUGUGCCGAGACACAGAAGAGGUCGAAGCGAUUUUAAAUGGGGACGUGAACUUCCAAGUCUGGUCGGACCACCAUCGUCCAAGCCUGAGCCGAAUCAAACUCGCCAUUAAGUAUGAAGUCAAAAAGUUCGUUGCUCAUCCUAACUGUCAGCAGCAAUUGCUUACCAUGUGGUAUGAAAAUCUCUCAGGCUUACGUCAACAGUCUAUCGCUGUGAAAUUCCUGGCUGUCUUUGGAGUCUCCCUAGGCCUCCCUUUUCUCGCCAUAGCCUAUUGGAUUGCUCCGUGCAGCAAGCUAGGACGAACCCUGAGGAGCCCUUUCAUGAAGUUUGUAGCCCAUGCGGUUUCUUUCACCAUCUUCCUGGGACUGCUAGUCGUGAAUGCAUCAGACCGCUUCGAAGGUGUGAAAACACUGCCCAAUGAGACCUUCACAGACUACCCCAAACAGAUCUUCAGAGUGAAAACCACACAGUUCUCCUGGACAGAGAUGCUCAUCAUGAAGUGGGUUUUAGGCAUGAUCUGGUCCGAGUGCAAGGAAAUCUGGGAGGAGGGGCCACGUGAGUACGUGCUGCACCUGUGGAACCUGCUGGACUUCGGGAUGCUCUCCAUCUUCGUGGCCUCCUUCACCGCCAGGUUCAUGGCCUUCCUCAAAGCCAGCGAGGCCCAGCUGUACGUGGACCAGCACGUGCAGGAUGCCACGCUGCUCAACGUCUCACUUCCGCCGGAAGUGGCGUACUUCACCUACGCCAGGGACAAGUGGUGGCCUUCAGACCCCCAGAUCAUCUCGGAAGGGCUGUACGCCAUCGCCGUCGUGCUGAGCUUCUCUCGGAUCGCCUACAUCCUGCCGGCCAACGAGAGCUUCGGGCCGCUGCAGAUCUCCCUCGGGCGAACCGUGAAAGACAUCUUCAAGUUCAUGGUCAUCUUCAUCAUGGUUUUUGUGGCCUUCAUGAUUGGGAUGUUCAACCUAUACUCCUACUACCGAGGUGCAAAGUACAACCCCGCGUUUACAACGGUGGAAGAAAGUUUCAAAACCUUGUUCUGGUCCAUCUUUGGCUUGUCUGAAGUGAUCUCGGUGGUGCUGAAAUACGACCACAAGUUCAUCGAGAACAUUGGCUAUGUGCUCUACGGCGUUUAUAACGUCACCAUGGUGGUCGUGCUGCUCAACAUGCUGAUAGCCAUGAUCAACAACUCCUACCAGGAGAUCGAGGAGGACGCAGAUGUGGAGUGGAAGUUUGCCCGUGCCAAGCUCUGGCUGUCUUAUUUCGAUGAAGGAAGAACUCUCCCUGCUCCUUUCAACCUAGUGCCAAGCCCCAAAUCCUUUUAUUAUCUCAUAAUGAGAAUCAAGAUGUGCCUCAUAAAACUCUGCAAAUCUAAGGCCAAAAGCUGUGAAAACGACCUUGAAAUGGGCAUGCUGAACUCCAAAUUCCGGAAGACGCGCUACCAGGCUGGCCUGAGGAAUUCAGAAAACCUGACAGCGAAUAACACCUUCAGCAAGCCCACCCGAUACCAGAAAAUCAUGAAGCGCCUCAUAAAAAGAUACGUGCUGAAGGCCCAGGUGGACCGAGAGAACGACGAAGUGAACGAAGGGGAGCUGAAGGAGAUCAAGCAGGACAUCUCCAGUCUGCGCUACGAGCUUCUGGAGGAGAAGUCGCAGGCCACGGGCGAGCUGGCCGACCUGAUCCAGCAGCUGAGCGAGAAAUUCGGGAAGAGCCUCAACAAAGAGCACCUGCGGGUGAAUCAGGGCAAGGACAUCUAGCUGCCCGCGGGCACCGCCACCUCUACCAGCACGCGGGCCGCUGCCGGCCUGGGCCAGGUCCUGGUGGGGAGAGGCUGCGAUCCCAGGGGCCCAGGGAGGAGCCCAGAGCAGCCCUGCUGACCGUGCCCCCACGCCCCCUGGCCUCUCUGGCCAGAACUAUUAGGAAAUCUGGGUUCUGGGUAAGAAACACACCCCAAGAAGAGGGGUGGAAGUUCCCCCCACACACAUGUUUCUGGCCAGUCCUCUGGUUCCAGCCGCAGUGACCCCUGUCCCUGGGGUCACUUCAGGAAAAGGCCAUCCUCGAUGUCACACGUGCCCUCCUCAGCACGGGGCCCGGGGUGUCCGUCCUGGGCAGACAGACCACCUCAGCCCACACGCCCCCACGCCCUGCCCGCACCCCGCCCGUGCCCGCUCGUCCAAACAGAACCAGGAGGGACCCUGGGAUCUAUUCUUAAGUGCCAGCUGAGAACACAGAUAGCCUGAUAGAAAAAUAGUUCUAUUUGUUUAUUUAAAAAAAAAGAGAAGAGUUUAAAAUUCCUAAAUCAAAAAAAAAAAAUUGUACUGUAGGUAGCACUGUUUAGAGAACAACAAAAAUCCAAAUGAUGUAUUUUUACCUUUAUUAAGAUUAUCUUGUAUUUACUAUUUUUACCUGAAAUGGAAAGAAAUAAAAAUUACCUCAUA